AGACGAGGCCUCACGCCGCCAUUGUUCUGCCACCUAGAGGUCUCUGCCUGUCCUGCAAACGCGCGGGUCGACUGCUCGGCAAUUUUAUUUCAUUUAUUUAUUUAUUUAUCUACCUAUCUAUCUAUUUAUUUAUUUAUCUAUCUAUUUAUUUGUUUGUUUGUUUGUUUGUUUUUUGUUUGGUUUGUUUUUUUUUUUUUUCCGAGGCAGGGAUUCUCUUUGUCCGGGAAAGUUUUCUAACCCACGACUUACCGAUGCUCAUCGUGGUGACAGCCGGAGCUUGCACGGUAGCGUGGCUGUCUGGAUAUUGUUUUGAAACACGGCAGUGUGUAUCCCAGGCUGACCUCACUAUUCAUUCAGCCGGGGCUGGCCUUGAACUUCUUAUCCUACUGCUUCACCUCUCCAUUGCCCCAACAGAAGGUACGUGCCACCACGCAUGCUUUAUGUGGUGCAGGGAACUGAACCCAAUACUUCAUGUGUGUUGGGCAAGCAUUCCGCCAGCUGAGAAGCAUCCCCAGCUUGCCUCGGGUUUUCAUUAUAGAACGUGUGUUACUUGGAUCGAGCCUGUCGUGUUGGUAAUUUCACCACUGUUUUACAGCCAAGGAACCCGAGGAAGGGGAGCAGGAGCUCUUCUCUAAGGCCGGAGCCUUACCUGCUCUGGUUCCCUCAAUCCUGUCUGAUCCCUGCAUCUCUAGCAUAUGGGAAACACUGUAGCUUGAUCGUAAUAGUUGCUGAUGAUUCUUUGUAAGGGUUGGAAGCCUCAGAGUCCUCCCCCCAAAUUCAUGGUCUAAACACUGCCUUGUCCAAUCACGGUGGUUGUCAGACCUUCAGAUGUCAUCCAGCCACUGUGGGACUCUGCUCUUGGAAAGGCCGGCGGCCUUGAGGCCCUGGCUCCCUGAAAACCACAGAUUGAGAAGAGGAAACUAUCAAGCACCUAUUGUGUCAAGAGUGGAGUUAUUAGAGAUUAGGGCUGACUGCUUUGCUUCCUGCCCUAAAGAAGUGCAAGACAAACGGUGUGGCAGUGCAGGGAUAGGCUUGUUGGGAAUCUCCUGGGAAUGACAGACUUUCUAGGGUGAAGGGGAAAAGAAAAAGGUAGAGGCGGGUUUACACGGAGCUUCCAUAAGGUGCAAAGUAUGUUGUAAGAACAUUUUAUGUCAAGACUCACUUGGGGAAGGAUGCUCAGCUUCACUUAUGAGGGGCUGAGUCACAUCAGCAAGAAAAAGCAGACACAGGAACUAGGUCUGUGCAGAAACCAGGACUCUUCACUGCUCCUGAAAAGACUUGAGAAGGAAGAUGCUGGCUGGUCCACACUGAAUGAGGAAAAGAGGCUCUAGAAGAAAGCCAACAGAGUAGGAGGACAAGGAACAAGCUGAGGUGUUUGUGUCAGAAGUUGAGGCUAUGGCUUUCGCCCUGAGGAUCAGAGAAACAAGCCCCAUAUUCAGACCUCUUGGCUGAAUAAAGUCAGAUUUAUAAACCCGCAAACUCUGCUUAGAUGUCUUGACAGAAAAUACAGCGAGGUGAGGGAGGAGCCAACCUUGGCCCCACCCCCAACCAUUGUGUCGGGGAAGAUGGUGAAUGUGAGGCCAGAUUCUGGCCAAUCAGGAUGAAGUAUGUAAAUGACAACCCUGGACGAGUGGUAGCGGGAUUCCAGCGUUCUGUGCGGUAGUCCUUUAAAAGGAGCUGACUGUGAGAACCUCCAGGAGCACAGUGGAGACUCUGAGGAGUCUGCAUCUGUGCUGUGGAACCUGAGAGCGGAAGCAGAAAACAAAUUGAAUUACCUACACCAUGGCAAGGUGCCGCCACCACUCGGGAUACCUGGCUGACGAUGAGGCUGGUCACAGCACCUAUAUGGCUCGGAUGCAGCUGCCCAAGAAGCAUCAUCUGUUGCCGGAAAUGGGGCCAACCUACAACCUUGGCCGUGUGCCACACCCAGCAUCCAUGAACCGGUCCUCAGAGCACCAGGGCCACCAGCAAAACCCUAGGCCCCCUCAGUCGUUUGGCAGCUUCCUGGAUUUCCUCACGGAGGGUCAGAUCCUGGACAGCUUGCAGACAGUUGUGGAGCAGGCAACAGAGCGUGUGGCUGCCAUGAAGACGGAGGCUGGAGUGCCACUGGUAGACCUACAAGAACCAGUGGAGGUGCGAAGCGGUAGGCAUCGGGCUCGGGCCAGACCCAGAAUCAGCACUGUGCAUCGGCACCGUGCUCAGCCCACCCUGUGUGCUGGACAGCCCAACAAUUACCCAUCGUGCUCCAGCUCCAUGUCUGACUUUCAUAGCAGUGUCAAAGCUAGCAGGCUGGGCUCCCACAGCCAGGACAGUGACCCAGCUGCCCACAGCCUAGGCUCACUGCCACCUAUGAAGGACAAACUCCUACUUGAGAAAAACCUCAAGAGGCUACUGCGACUGGAGAACAAAGGGAAAGGCCUGAAUCAGUCCUCCCUGAGGGACUCUCUGCUCUGUGACUCACUGGGCAGCCAGACCAACAGUCAGUGGACCCGGGAGCAACCACUGUCUUGGUUCUCUGGGCCUUUGGGCUCCAGCUCAGAUACCGCUGAAAUUUCGGAGUUGGGACUUGGAGAACAGGAGCUGAAUUUUUUCAAACAAGAGUUAAGCAAACAGAUGAAGUCACUGCUGAGCCAGCAAAAAUCCUUCAACCUGCCUACAUAUUGUCCAAUCAGGGAACCUCAUCGUACUCUGGAUUUCCUGGCUGAAAAUCACCUCUUUCCUGUCCUGCAGCAUGUGGUCAACCAGGCUGUAGAGAAGCUCAGCCAUGCCUGCCGCCACGAUGGUUCCCCCCUCUUCUCUGUUGCCUCAGAGACCACCCCAGUGCUGCCUGUGAACUCCAACCUUCUUCAGCCCAUCUCUAAGAUGUCCAACAGGGAGGAUAGGGAAGAGCCUUUUGAUUCUCCCAUCACAGCCUCCAGCCCUAAGACAUCUCGCAGAAAGAGCAAGGGCAGACGGGGCUCCCCCUUCAUAUCAAAUGCCCAGAUGCCUUCCAGAUUCAGGCUUAAGAGCCCCAAGUUUCCAAGGAAGAAACCUCUGCCUUCCAUCUCGUCUGUGUCCAGCGUGUCCUACAUCUCUAACCCUUGGUUUGAGGAACUCAGUAACUUCUUGGUUGAACAGGCAGUCUCCUUGCUUAUCUGCAAGUAUAAGUUUGAGGAAAGCCUCAAUAAGCAACUUGGCUUCAUGUCUUUUCCUAUCACUGAGGUUCUCAUGGACAUCUUUUUGGGCUUCAAGAAGGUGAAGGGUACCCGCAUCCGCAUGUCCUCGGACAUCAACUGGACCUGUCUUCUGCACAAGUUGGAAGAAGCUGAGUUGGCGCGGCAGGCCGUAAGGCGUGCCUCCAGGUCGGGAGCCUCCCGUCAAAGUGCUUCCCGAAUUGCCGCCUCCCACCAUGGCACAGAACCACCCUCUGCACACCCAGAGCUUACUGGUGGCACCAGUCAGAAACAGGCAACAGAGUCCCAUUUCUUCCUCCGCCCUGAUUUGCCAAUCCACCAGCUGCUCAGCCCUCGGGGCCCUCGUAUAAGCCUGGGACAGAUGCCUAAUAGGAGCCUGUUGGAGGCUAAGCACAGUAUAUUCUCCAAUGCUGGUGUGGGCUCUAGGUCCUACAAGUCCAGGGAAAUGGUAAAUAUUGAAGAGAGAGAGGACUCUGAAGAGGAGGAAGAAGAGGAGGAUGAGGAGGAAGAAGAGGAGGUCGAGGAUGAGGACGAGGAGGAAGUGGAGGAGGAGGAGGAGGAUGGAGAAAGUGAGGUGGAUGAAAUCAGUGAUUCCAUUGUGGGUGAGCACACAUCUCCUACCCAGCCUGAGCCUGAGUUGGAGGACAUUAUGAAUGAGUCCACUGUAAUAAGCCCCAAUGAGUCCCCAUGAGACACCCAUCAGCCACAUAGAGUACUCCAGUCUUUGUCUCCUUCUUCCCUAUCCAAAUAGCUGGUCACUCAGCCAGCCCCUGUCCUGAGUUGGGGUCAGGAUGACUGGGUGCUCAGGAGAGACCCAAAGCGACAAAUGGAAAUAAAUUACAUGUUU